AUGAUCCUCCUCUCCAUGGCCUCUUGGAACAUUAGGGGUUUUAAUAACCCUAGCAAAGUUAUUGCUUGUAAGCAUUUUAUCAAAGUUCAUAAGCUGGAUCUGAUUUGUAUCUUGGAUAAUAGGAUUCACUUGAAUUCUAUGGAUGACCCUUGGUUUAUUGCUGCUCAUACGAUUUUUGACUCUGAAGUCAACUGCAAUAAUAUUAAUCUUUCUGCUUCUAGAAGGAUAUGGAUUAAAUGGGCGGGGGAUAAAAUCUCUUUUGUUCCCACCUUUUACUCUUCAAAGUUAAUUUUUGGUUUUGUUUCUUAUGGCCCGGCCAAGUCCUUUGUCCUCAGUGCUGUUUAUGGCUCCAAUUAUGUGGAUGAAAGGUUGUUAUUUUGGCAACAACUUUGUUCCAACACUCCUACUCCUGAUUUACCAUGGAUCAUUAUGGGAGAUUUUAAUUGCUGCAUAUUUCAAAAUGAGAAGACUGGAGGCUCCCCUCUUUACUUCAGUCGUAUGGGUGAUUUUAAUUCAUUCAUAUAUGCUAAUCAUCUCAUUGACCUUUCUUCCACUAGUCUUUUUUAUACAUGGUUCAACCAACAAAUUGAGAAUUCCAUUCAUAUUAAGCUAAACAAGGCCUUAGUUAAUGAAGCUUGGAUUGCCAAAUACCCACUCUCCUAUUACUUUGUUGAUAAGCCUAUGUGUUCUGACCAUAGCCCUAUUGUUCUUAAAGAUGGAAGCUCCAAAACUAUCAGUAACCGUUUUCAAUUCAAAAAUUUUUGGACUUCUAAGGAUGAAUACUGGGGCAUUAUGUUAGAUAUUUUUUUGGAGCCUAUUAAGGGCAAUCCCCUGAUGGAUUUCUCUAAUAAGCUAAGAAAGAUGAAAGCUUCUGUCAAGACUAAAAAUUGGGCUUCUGCUAAUUCCAUUCAAUUAUCUCUUCAUAGCUUACAGGAAAAGCAACAUCCCCUCCUUAAUUUUUUGGAUUGUGAUCCUUCCAAUCCCACUCUUAAUGUUGUUUUGAAAGCUACUAAUGGUGAUAUUACAUAUUUAACCUCCUCAUGGACUUCUUGGGUGUCACAAAGGGUCAAAGCCAAAUGGCUUAAAGAUGGGGAAGAUGACCUUAAAUUUUUAUAUUCCAAAAUCCGUAUGAGGAAAUCCUUUAAUAAUUGCUUUUUAUACUGCUUUGUGUGA